AUGAAUAUUCGGGAUACCAAAGCCCAUCCAACGGCCGUGAAGCAAUUUGUGAAUAUUCGGGAUACCAAAGCCCAUCCAACGGCCGUUUUCUUUUCAUGCAUGGACGCGAGAAUGUUUCCUGCAAGGAUCACAUCGAGUCAGGUAGGAGACAUGUACGUAGUUCGCAAUCCAGGCAGUAUGGUUCCACAUGCAGACAGUUAUGGGGCUUGCGGCGGCGAAGUCUCUGUCACGACCGAAGCUGCAGGAUUAGAGCUGACUGUCAAGAGGGGUGGUAUUAAACACGUAAUCAUAUGCGGGCAUUCCAACUGCAAGGCCAUGAACACUCUAUAUGGUCUUCACAAAAACCCAGAUGUUUUCAAUCCGAAUUCUCCUUUGGAUCACUGGAUUCGUAAACAUGGAUUUGCGUCACUAAAGAAGCUUGAGGAACGUCUAGCUGAUAAGAGUGCAAAGCCAUUGAAGUUUAUCUCAAAUAAUCCGGCUUUUAGUUUCGAGGCAUUAAUCGAUGAAGAGAACAAGUACGAUGUUGAGGACAAGCUUUCACAAAUCAACGUGCUGCAGCAGCUGGAACAUUGCGCUAGCCAUGGAUUUAUGAAGGUCGGUGGGGCCGCUUGA